AUGUCUAGUCCAGCUAAAAAGCGCAAGAUAAAUGGCGCCAAUUCUUCGCCGCCACCAGCACGCAGCAUUAAAUCAUUUUUCCAGGGACAAGCCACCAAUCAGUCUUGUACAAAAGAGCCCGACGUCACCGAACAGACUCUCUCAGACGAAGCUCUCGCGCGCAAGCUGCAAGCCGAGUGGAAUGAGCAAGAAACAACCAGUGCUGCUGCUCAGGAUACACCAACAGAUCAAGAUACCAAUUCACCUCCAUCUAUACCCAUACAGUCCGAUGCACCGCCAGCUCCGGUGACGUCAAAGAACACUCUAUCGCUUCAAUCAGCUUCCGGUACAGAUGAUACCAUAUCUCUCGUUAUUCCUUUAGACCAAAGCCCGCAAGUUUUUGAUGCAAGUCACUGGGCAGCCGAAUUGAAGUCCCACUGGGUCACCCAGGGUGGGGACGCUUCGUACGCCCUCUUGACCAGAGCAUUCGUCCUAGCCAACGCGACGACGAGUCGAAUCAAGAUCGUCGAUACAUUGGUCAACUUUCUUCGAAUCUUGAUUGAGGCAGAUCCUUCGAGUGUCCUACCUGCGGCGCUGAAAAAGAUCUACGGUCUUGAUAAUGCAGGGCUGAAGAUGCUCUAUAAUAAACACGGCGAUGCUGGAGAUGUUGCCUUUGAGGCCAAAAAGCGCCAGUCCUUCACAUUGGUCAAGCCAAAACCCUUGAAGAUCAAGGGUGUUUACCAGUCACUGACGAAAAUUGCUACAAGCAAAGGAACAGGCAGUCAGGAAGCCAAGCAGAGAAUCGUCGAGAAGCUUUUGCAAGAUGCACGGGGUGCUGAAGAGAGUCGGUAUAUUGUCCGUACAUUGGUGCAAAACCUGCGAAUUGGCGCUGUGAAAACAACCAUGCUCAUUGCCCUCGCACGAGCGGUUCUCUACUCCAAGCCUACGGGUGGGAACUUCGAUGUCCGACCGCGACAUGAAUUAGCCCGACUGAAGAAGGAGGAACUUGCUGAGAUUUACAACAAUGCGGAGGAACUAGUGAAGGCGUCAUAUGCUCGACACCCGGACUAUAACGAUCUUGUCCCGUGUCUAUUGGACACCGGCCCAGCGGAGGAACUGUUGGUCAGAUGCGGUCUAACCCUGCACAUCCCAUUAAGGCCGAUGCUGGGGAGCAUCACACGCGAUUUAUCUGAUAUGUUGACCAAGCUCCAAGGAAGGACAUUCAGCUGUGAGUACAAGUACGAUGGGCAGCGGGCGCAAGUCCACUGCGACGAGAAAGGGAAAGUUAGCAUCUUCUCACGCCACCUUGAAACGAUGACGGAGAAGUACCCGGAUCUCGUAUCGCUUGUUCCACAGAUUCGAGGUGAAAGCGUGUCCAGCUUUAUCUUGGAGGGAGAAGUGGUUGCUGUGGAUCGCGACAAUGGCGACUUGCAGCCAUUCCAAACUUUGACCAAUCGCGCGAAGAAGAACGUGGAGAUAGGGGAGAUCAAAGUCAACGUGUGUCUUUUUGCCUUUGACCUCAUGUAUCUCAAUGGGGAACCUUUGCUGGACCGACCUUUUCGAGAACGCCGUGAGCUACUCCGCAGUCUCUUUGUGGAGAUUCCCAGACACUUCACUUGGGCGAAGAGUAUAGAUGCGACGUCAGCUGAUUCUGAGACUGUGCUUGAGUUUUUCAAGUCUGCCACCGAUGUCAAAUGCGAAGGUAUCAUGGUCAAGGUGCUGGACAAUGAGGGCAAGGACGAUAGUCAAUCACGCAACACAGACUGGGGGGAUGCAAACGAGGGCACUCCUCUUGAAAUGAAGGAAAAACCCAACCAAAAACCGAAGGAAAAAGGGACGAGGCGCAAAGCGCUCCUAUCGACUUACGAGCCGGAUAAGCGUCUUGAGUCGUGGCUUAAGGUGAAAAAGGACUACAGCACAUCUUCCGAGACCCUUGACCUGAUUCCAGUUGCGGGUUGGCACGGCCAGGGCCGCAAGGCCAAGUGGUGGUCGCCUAUCCUGCUAGCGGUCCGCAAUCCAGAGACUGGAAGCCUGGAAGCCGUCACCAAGUGCAUGUCGGGCUUCACGGACAAAUUCUACCAGAGCAAUAAAGAUAAGUACGCAGCAGGCAGUACCAACGUGAUCUCUCGUCCCAGCUACGUGGAGUACCACGGAUCACCGGACGUGUGGUUCGAACCGCAGGAGGUGUGGGAGAUGGCCUUUGCAGACAUCACGCUCAGUCCAACGUAUCCCGCUGCUAUAGGGUUGGUCAGUGAAGAACGCGGGCUGAGUCUGCGAUUUCCACGUUUCUUGAAGAUCCGCGAGGAUAAAUCAAUCGACGAAGCUACGGCGUCAGAUUACCUGGCGCUGUUAUGGCGAAAACAGAUGGAACGCGCCGGUGUCGAGGACGGAAAGGCUGAAGCAGAUGAGCAGGAAUAG